ACAGUCAUGUGGGCACCAGCCAUGAGCCAGCUUGCCUAGCCCCAACUUUGUCGAAAGUAUGUUAGGUAUUGACGUCUCUCAAAAGAAAUGGUAACCUAUGACGUCAUUUUCUCAGUGGGGGUUUACAGACAACAUGUAAUAUACCCAAACCCUGAUUUUUAGACGUGAAGUGAAGCACGAGUGAAUCGUUUUCGUCUCAAGGCCGUGCCGCUUUGUUUAGUUUGUGAGGUGACGCCGGCGUGUAGAGACGUAUCGAUACGCAAAGCAAAAUACAUUUAAAUUAUAUAGUACUUUCGUGAAAAUUUGUGAUUAGUGGAGGUUUGGAGAUCUUCGGAAGGACCAUGGCGCUGAAGGCGCUGUUUUUCGCUGCUUUGGUGGGAGUGGCCCUGUGCGGCCCCACCAUAGUUCACCAUGGGGAGACGGGCCGUCUGCGGCCUCAGCUCGGCUCCAAGCGGUGCACGUUCGGGCCGUCGUACUGGUGUGACCACGUCAGCAAAUCAUCCGAGUGCGGGAUGACAUCGUGGUGCAUCAGCAACGUCUGGCAGCACCUGGACCUGCCGGAGGACAACGAUGACGUCUGCGGCAUCUGCAAGGAGAUGGUGAAGGAGGCCCGCGAUCAGCUCAACAGUAAUGAGACUCAGGAGGAGCUGAAAGAGGUGCUGGAGGGCUCCUGUAACCUGAUUCCUCUGCACAUUAUCUCUGAAGAAUGUGACAAACUGGUGGAUGACUUCAUCCCAGAGUUGACGGAGAUGCUCAGCUCACAGAUGAAUCCACAGGUUGUUUGCCAGACUGCCGGCCUGUGCAACUCUGCUCGGAUCGACAAAAUGCUGGAGGAACGCGACAAUAAAAAGGUGGCUCCCAAGUCGCCCGACACGUGCGCCACCUGUCAGUCGAAAAUGGAAACUCUGAAGCACACGGUCACCGCUGGAGGGCAGCAGGAGCUGCUCGAUCGCCUGCUACCGGUCUGCCGCGAUUUCGGCUCCUACAGUGACGCCUGUGCCGGUGACCUUGCCACCCAUAUUCAGCCCAUCUUUGAAUGGAUUCAGCUGAUUGACUCCAAGGGAGUGUGCCUGCUGGGCAACGCGUGUCCGGGGCUCUUCGAUGAGGCGCCUCUGCAGCUGCAGUCCGUGUCGGGCCCUGCAGUGGACUGCGAUCUCUGUAUCCACAUUGUCAAACACUGGAGAGAUAUCCUGGUGGCUAACACCACCAAAGAGGAGUUCAAGGAGAUCCUGGACGGCAUCUGCAGCAAGACCAAGGCCUGGGCGCCAAAGUGCACCCAGCUCGUCGACGAAUACUAUGUCAUCAUUUACGACUUCCUUGUAAACGAGAUGCGUGCUCACAGCAUCUGUAAGGCGAUCGGUCUCUGUGCCAAACACGCCGCCGAGACCCCUCUGUGGGCUGUGCUGCCGGCUGAAUCGGUCGGAGCGUCCGCGCUGAAGACUGGAGGAUUGGAAGAGAUGCCGUUGGUGGAACUGACUCCGGCGAUGCCACACAAGGUGGUAGCCAAGAAGGGCGGCCAGACCAAGAAGAAGCUGCACAGUGUGAAACUGCAGAAGAGCCCGCCGCAUGCCUACGGAAACGACGGACUGGCUCACCCCAACCCUCUCGACACCUCGGAACCAGCCGCCGAAGAGACGCUAACGGUCCCUCAGCAACUCCCCCUGGAGAGAUUCGGUCUGCCAGACCUUUCUGCGAGGUUUAAACCGAAUACUGAGCUGUGUGACCUGUGCGAAUUUGGGCUGAACGAGUUGAGGAAGGUGUUGGAAGAGGGAUCGACUGAGGACGAGAUAUCUGAGGAAGUGGGCCGUCUGUGUGACCUCCUGCCCGGAACACUGACCGGAAGAUGCCAUCAAUUUGUAACCGAGUACGGCAGCUUCGUUGUGCAGAUGAUUGCACAAGAGGUGGACCCCACGGAGGUCUGCCCGGCUCUGCGUCUCUGUCCUCUGCCGUCCUCUCUGGCUGAGUCCUCUGAGGAGUUCUCUGAGCAGUCCUCCUCUCAGUCCUCUGAGGAGGAGGAGCGCGAGGGAGACGGACCCGGCUGUGCCAUCUGUGAAUACGCCAUGAACACACUACUGGACUUCCUCAAGGAUAAGAAAACCGAGGACGAGAUCCGUGACGGGCUGGACCGUGUCUGUGAGAUGCUGCCCUCCACGGUCUCCCGGGAGUGCCAGGAACUGGUCAACACAUUCAUGGAGGAGAUAAUUGAUAUGAUCGUCAGCGGGAUGACGGCGGAUGAGAUCUGUAUCACGCUGAGGCUCUGUCAGCCGGCCCGAGCGGCGGGAAAUGAUCUCAUGUCCAACUCUAUCUACGCCAUGCCGCUGUCUGCCCAGUCGGGCGCCGGGCCAUUCGGGAUGCAGAUGGCUGGUUUGACGCCCGCUCUGGCUGGGUUACCUGUCGAUUCUCCCUACAUGCCGAUGUCGCCCCCCGACUCGUCCGAGGAACAGACUGAAGACGAUGAAGACGAUGAUCACCAGUCUCCCGCCUGUGUGAUGUGCGAAUUCGUGAUGAUGCAGGUCAAGAUGAAGCUCGAUGAUAACAGCACUGAUGAGCAGAUAGAGACGACGUUGAAGAAGGUGUGUACCUACAUGCCGCAGUCCAUUCGCGCAGACUGUGACGGUUUCAUCGACGAAUACGGAGCCGCCAUCCUGUCGGUACUGAAGUCUGAAGUGGCGGAUCCGGAUGGUGUAUGCCGUCAGCUGCGUCUGUGUCAGCCCCAGGAGGAGAUGGAAGCGGCGACAACUACCGGUGGCGACUCGCACUGCGCACUGUGCCAUCUAGCGGUGACCUACGCACACUCAGCUUUGACCGACCUCCGCCCGACCAAUAACGAUGAACUGUGUCAACUGGUGGCCAAUCAGCAACGCGAUCAGUGUGUCCAGCUAAUGGAUACGUACGGAGACUGGAUCCACGAUCAGCUGAGGCAGCACAACACCCCCGGAAACAUAUGUAUCGGCAUUGACCAGUGCGCCCGCCCCCUUGGCACCGUCCACCUUCUGGGUGGCGCACGCUGUCUGUGGGGGCCGGCCUACGUCUGCCAGGAUGAGUUCCACGCCCGUGCUUGUAACGCUCUGGAGUUCUGCGUCGCUCACUCCUGGAACACGGAAUCAGCCCAAGAAGCAAGAGCUGACAAAGACCUGCCGUAGGUGACGGCGUUACUGACGUUACUGACGGCGUUGUAGCGUUACCGUCCUAUUCUUCUUGUACCCGGAGUUGUAGGUCGGGGCUGGGUAGAUAUUUAGCCUAGGGCUGUGCCUUAAGAAGAAGACUUGGGCUUUGAAGUGGUCAGUAUACUUCUAUUCAUCCUUGCUAUGCUUAUUCCUAUAGUGAAGUUCAGUUUGCUCGUUACUGAAUACCUAUUGUUUUUGCUAUUUUACUAAGCGGUGAACAUAGAAGUGCGACUUAUCUUGCUUUCAUGAAAUACUUUUCUAUUAGAAGUGAGCAAAAUAUAUGGCACCUAUUACGUACGGAUUCGUCCUUUUAGUUUGUAUUGCGAUUUGUAACUGUAUUGCGUAACCUCAUUACUCCCAGCCUGGCAUUACUUGAGUUCAUAUGUACGAUUGGUUUUCGCGUGGCAUUUUUAGGAAUGCGGGGCAAAUACAGGUUUUGAUACCACC